CUUGCAAAGCACUACAACUUACAACAAGAUUUUAUGGAUUGACGAUGCGAUAUUCGCCCGUUGAGUUUGAUCGCGCAUCUCACUCGUUGAAUCCACAAUGGCGACUCCAACCCCUGGCAAACACACUGGGCAGGUAGUCGCGACCCCGCCGGUCUCAACACCAUUCUCAUCCUCGAACCACCCAAGCCAUCCAGCUUUCUCUCCUCAUGGUCCUCGCUCUGUCGUGCCGUCUCCGCAGCAGGUGAAGAAGUCGCCUGCCAACUCAAAUACGAUGUACGGAUACCCAGGCGGCGGGGGGCAUCCUACUAAUUCGUCGUUUGGUGUCGGAUAUGAUAGUCCGUCUGCGGCGAUGGCGCUCGGAGGUGUUUCUGGACUCGAAUUAGGUCUGGAAGGUAUGGGUACACCUUUGGGUGGAGUUGGCCAUUUGGCUGUGGGCGCGGGGCAUAAUGGGAUUGGGGGGUCUGGGAGGGGAGAUGAAGAGGAUAGGGCGAGGAGGCUUGGAGCUGUUAUGGAUAUUUUGAAGACAAGUCAAGGGCGGAUUAGUGAGAAAGGGAUCCAGCAUUUGGCCACACGGUUGGGAUUUGCGUCAAUUGUGCAGGACAUCGAAAUCAGAAGUCGGACCACCUCGCGCCCUGUCAUCAUUGCUGGAGAGGCUAUAUCCGUGGAUCUUGUUUUCGAAAGUGGACUGGUCAAGACUGUUCUUCUGCAGUUCCCGACAUCACCACCCAUUGUCAACAAGCAUGUGGAUAGAGCUGGCGAAAUCUUGAUGCGGGAUCUCGAGAUAGCAGGGAACGAGAGUCCGCUUUCGAAGAAGCUAGAUGGAUUUGCAGCGAAUCUGGAGAAGUUGGCAGCUCAGGAUCUUCUGGGUCAAACCAAUAAGCCUUUUAAUUGCUUCGAGGCAAUUGCAGGGAUUUAUGAGAACUUGGAGAAGCUACACAAAUGGGAGGUUGAGAAGCUGAGGGAGAGCCCGGACAUGGUCGGCAAGGAUCAAGAUUUCCUCGAGAGAGCUGUGAUGUGUACUCGUAGUGGUAGGCCGGUAAUGCAUGAAAGGAACAGACUCGGUUUGAGCUUGGAUUACUGGCAAGAGAAGAGACGAAUUGGUCAGCAGAAAGACAAGACCAAAACAUGGGCUCUGUUGGUCGAAUGCGGCAAGAAGCCAUCUGCAUUCUACACAUCAGCACGGGUCUCCGAGAAUUGGAUCUCUGCGGAGAUUGAGAAAGACAAUGUACCCGCGGAGGAUCUUCUCCUAGCAGCAGCAGAUGGCCCUGUCUUAGACUGGCUGGAACCCGAAACUACUCUAAUACCUGGGCCGGACCCUCCAAAGGAGGGAGAUGCUCCCAGAGGAGACGUUAUUGAGCUUGUCGAUGAAACCACAGGUCUGCGACGACCAGAAGUCAUGUUUGUUGCCAAGUUUGAUCCUCCACUUGUUGUGCCAGGCUCCGUAGUAGCACAGCUCUAUCACAUUGUCAAUAUGACUUUUGAUACAACACAGCCAACAGCGUAUUUUGACGACCUAUUGUUUCCUCGAAGUCCGGAAGAGCGAUACAGCAACGAUGGAAGAGUCAUCAGGUGCGAGGUUACAGUUCCAGUAUUUGAUAAGGAUGGAAAGAAGACAACGCAGAUCCACAAGAAUAAUCUCUUGGUCGAAGGAUUCGAGUAUGGUUACGAGUUAACUGAAUUACCAUUUUCGCAUCCAAGACAACUGGUCGAGAUGCUUCCAUAUCUCAGGCAGUAUGCCUUCACGUCGACGCUCCUUGAGAAGAGCUUUGGGUCUUCAUCAAAAACUUUCUCGACAGAAGUCAAGAAAAUGGUAGUGCCAAGUACUAGAAGUGCAUUCGAUUCCUUUAUGGAAGGAACGCUACCACAGAAAGAAAUGACCUUGGACGUCAACCUAAAACCAGGACCUCAGAUCCGUAUCGUCUUUCCUUUUGCAAAGAUCCCAGGUUCGAAUUCAGCUUACAUCACGUUUGACAUCAAGCAUAAUGGUGUGGUCGAGGUCGUUGAGGAGAACGUGCUAGAUAAGGAUACAAUGAGUGAAAGCAAGAUGUUGACGAGUGCGGAUCUGGGCAAAAUGCUGGAGAUCACGGAGGAUUUUGGGAUUCUGGUUGAGUAUGUGCAGAGGCGUUUGUAAAGUUUGCAUUAGAUACCCUGGAUAGGACAGCGAAAAGGCAUUG